AUGAAUGGAAACCUAGACAUUGCAAUGGAUAGUCAGACGAUUAAGGGGCCCGAUGGGGCGAUCGUUUUGGCAGACUCGUCGAAAUUGCCGGAGGAAAAAAUUUAUAUGGAGUUAGUUACAGUAGAUAAAACGGCCGAGAUCGUUAACGAGUACCGCAAGUACAAUGCGUCGUCGGCGCGUGAUGACGUUGAGUCAGGACGGGACUCUUCAUCUGGUGACGAAUCAAAUAGCGACGGCGAUGUUGGGGCAUACGCUAACAAGGGCGUGUCCUCCCCUCCAAAACCAAAGGAGAGGCGCGUGAGGCGCUUAGAUGACAUCGGUCCCAAAGCCGGCCAGAAAGAGGACAAGCGUGACAACCGAAAGGGGCGUAAGCGCCGUCAACAAAAGAGAGGCACUACUUCCCAUGCUGUGUCUGAAGGCGACGAGGAGGUCGAGGACGGCGGACCCAUCAAAGAAGCUCCGUCAGCAGGCAGGCGUGCAGGACAACACGGUAGAUGUUAUGACCGUAGCGGGAGGGCUGCGGAGUAUCAUGGCAGUCCAUCUGGCCGCCUAGGAAUGUCUGCGCGUGGCGACGAGCAGGAACAUGGUGAGCUUGAAGGGCGUGGUGGUGGAAAGCGCAACAACGUGAAGGCGGCGGCGGCAAAGGGCAGUCCCUCGGGGAGGCUCUCGCAGGAGGUGGCUGGUGGCGACGAGCAAGAACAUGGCGAGCUUGAAGGGCGUGGUGGUGGAAAGCGCAACAACGAGAAGGCGGCGGCGGCGGCCAAGGGCAGUCCCUCGGGGAGGCUCUCGGAGGACGUGGCUGGUGGCAACGAGCAGGAACAUGGCGAGCUUGAAGGGCGUAGUGGUGGAAAGCAAAACAACGCGAAGGCGGCGGCGGCAAAGGGCAGUCCCUCGGGGAGGCUCUCGCAGGAGGUGGCUGGUGGCGACGAGCAGGAACAUGGCGAGCUUGAAGGGCGUGGUGGUGGAAAGCGCAACAACGAGAAGGCAGCGGCGGCGGCCAAGGGCAGUCCCUCGGGGAGGCUCUCGCUGGAUGUGGCUGGUGGCGACGAGCAGGCGCUGCCCAGGCCCGUUAUAGAAGGGCUAGCAGAGCAGCGAGGUGGUGGCGGUAUCGAUCAGGAUGAGGACAAGCCUGCAGUAGUGACUGCUGGGAAAGAACAUGGACGUGAAGCUGUGAUUCCGUACAAACGACGCAAUGCUGUGGACUCGGCCGGUCGCGACCGAAAUGCGAGACAAGCUCGACAAGGGACGAAACAGUAUGUUUCGAGCUCGUCGGGUUCGGAGGAGGGAUCCAGUGACAGUGAGUCAGGCAGCUCAUCCGGGAGUGAGGAAGUAUACGAGGACGAGGAGGAGGAGGAGGAAGAGGAAGAGGAGGAUGAGGAGUUGGAGCCGGAGAGCGAGGAUGAGGAGGAGGCUCGGCCUUUGAAGAGGAGGGGUGUGCGGAAGACCAAGAAGGGCAAUGGAAAGCGAAAACCGGAGACAGGACGGAUGGAUUCGUAUGGGAAGGGAGAUCCGAUCGCUUGGGGGUCAGCGCGGUUUGGCAGGGAAGCGACGGACCCGCAUGCAAAGCUUUCGGGGGGUCACGCGGUUCAGGUGAAAAUCGAGGGAGCAACGAAGCGGCACGAACCCUCGGCCGCCGCCGCAGCCAAUGACGGUGUGGGAGGAGGUGUGUGGGCGAAUUCCUUGGGUGAAUGUGGCGGCGGUGUGGAAGGCUCCAUGUGGGAUGUACGGGAUAGCAGGGGAGAAGGACGAGACUUGAAAAUGGAUCCGGCGACUAAGGAGGGGAGGGGCGAGAGCAUGGGCACACCUGGCGCAUCCAGUCGGCCCAAUGUGGCUGGCGGCAAGACGAUGGAGCAGCUCAUUUGGGAGCUUGCCCAGCGGGAUCGCGAAAUUGCGGCACUCAAGGCAAGGCCAGGAGCCAAAGGACCUAUCAAACCCUGCACCCCUCCAUCUAGGCCUCCUCGUAUUGCGUCUCUGUUGAGCGGCCCAUCUGCAGUGGGCCUCGAUCCAGGCGUGGCGCCAGAAAGCCCAUCGACGGUAGACGUACCGGUCCGUCGAACGCGUGGGAUGCCCAAGCCCAAGCUGCUGAAGGUGGAGCCCCUGUUCAUGGCGCUGCUUGUCUG